AUGUUUUCAACGACACUAAGGCGCAUGGCCGCUUCGUCAAAGGAGACUCUUCUGAAGAGGGCGCCCUUGACUGUUGCGAACAACCCAUACAAGGCACGAAAGGUGUGGCCGCCCAACUUUAAGCAACUCACCCACCAGCAGCAACUCCGCUUUGAGAAGAAGUACAAGAGGCGCAUUGUGCUAGCAAGCCGCUCGCCUACGUGGGAGAAGGCUGUCAAGACAGCCCAACUCUUAACCAUCGUUGCUGCCAUGGUUUGGAUUCUAUUCUACUCCGAGUUUGAGUGGUGGGGGCAAAAGUACAAGCCGUCUGAAGAGAUCCGAAAAAAGACAAACUACCUCUUCGGUACACUGGACCCCGAGAAGAGAUUCGAACGACGUCCAGACGCACCCCCUCCACCUCCCUCCAAAGACGAGUCCGAGUCAAAAUAG